CGUGGUGGACUGGUGGUGUUGUUGAUAGGAUGACGUCACUCAAGAUGGCUGAAAGCGUUGUUGAGUGUGUCAACCAAAGUUACGAUAGUGUUGCUGACACCGUUAGUAGUAUCUCAGCUGCGCAUGGGAUGGAAGAUUACGAUGAUGGUGCUCUGAAUACCCAGCAGAAAGCAAAGUUGAAAGAAUUUAAGGUGCAGACACGGCUAGAAAAUGAAAAGUACCUCUCAGAUCAUCCCGAAGUGGAAGGGAUGCUAGCAAACUUUUUGGGUGAAGUCCUGCUGAAAAGACCUGAAGACAUUCGAACAUUCGCAGCAGAUUACUUCACAAAUCAAGAUUUGCCCAAGAUUGUAAAGGAGCAUCUACAGCAGAAGCAUGCAGGCCAUCAUUAACCCAUCAGUAAGGAUUGUAACUUUAAACUUUUUUCAACUUGGCACGUAAAGCUUGUAUAUAUAGGAGUUCGUUUUAUGCCAUUCCACGAUUCUUACUCUUGUGGUUGUACUCAUUAUCUGUUAGAGAGAUAAAUGACAUUUUUCAUUACGGAAUUUAUUGGAUUUCACUACUUACUGGAUACUGGUCUGAUAUUGCAUAAUUAGCAUAAACAAAUAUAGCAAUGUGUAAAUAUUGUGCUGAAGGGGUGAUAAUCCUUCAACGCAUGGUUGUGCUAUUAGGAUGUCUAGCUUGUAUGGUGCAUGUAGAAUUUCUUUUGGUAAUUUGAUGGAAUCUGGCAUCAUAUCUGCUCUAUUGCUAUGAUAAAAACACCAAUGAUGAAAAUCCAGUUUCUAAAGCAGGUAGAAUAUAUCUCCAUGAAAGAAUUCAGCUGGUCAGGCUAUAUUGGCAUAACCAAUCAUUUAGAUUAUACGACCUGGCUGUAGUGUACUUGUGAAUAUUAUGUGGUUCUAAGCAUUUUUACUUGUAAAUUAUUUUACUUUUCCCUGCUAGUCUAUGGCUUGAAUAAUAUUAUAGAACUUAUAUAGAAUUUAUGUGUUAUACAGUACAUUUAUCCAAUUCCCCUUUCAUAUAAUAUAAUUGGUACGUUUAAUGUCAUCGCCUGUGGUUGAUUGCAGUUUGUAUGCUAUUAAAGGUGUUACAGACCGUGAAA